AAAAAAUUGUAAAAUAAGAAUCGAUUGAGAGUGCUCUCUAACGAUGAAAGUUGUAAAAGAAUUGGAUCGCUGAUUCGCUGGCAUGUUCCGUCUCUUCUUCGUCUGACUUUUUUCCAUUCCUGUGACCUGUCCAUUGCAGAUCAAUCUCCCGCAAUCUUGUCGCGGCCAGGAGCCUCCAUUUCCUUUUCUCCGGUCGCCGCCAUAUCCGGACGCUCGGACCUUUUUGAAGAAGAAGAAAGUUUUAGCUGCCAUAAGUCAGUCAAAAAAUGCUGCAAUCUCCAGCAAGGCUAGGCCUUACAAACCCAAACUCACCCUCUCUUCAGAACCCUACACCGCCCAAACUUCCCCACCAACCACCACACCACCCAACCCAGCACCAACCCUCCUCCAAUCACUCAUCCACUGUUACCAUCACCACCACCUCCUCAACCCUCCUCUCUCUCCUCCCACCACUCCCUCGAGCCCAGUCCCUUCUCCUCCAAAUGGCCUCCUUAGCCUCCAAACUCUUUGACGUCUCACCUAAUCGGUCCAUCUGGCUCACCGCCUUUCGAGGGUCUCUCCCUACCUUUCUCUCUUCUCAAACCCAAGCACUUGCCACCACCAACCCACCUGAUUCCUCUCCUUCCUCGGCCAAAGAAAUCCUCUCCCUUUUCACCCUUCUACAGACCCAACUCUUCGAAGCAGUUGCAGAACUCCAAGAGAUUCUUGAUCUUCAGGAUGCUAAGAGGAAAGUUGCCCGCGAAAUCCAGUCCAAAGAUUCUGCUCUUCUUGUGUUUGCCCAUAAACUCAAAGAUGCUGAGCGUGUUCUUGAUAUUCUUGUUGAUGACUACUCUGAUUAUCGACGACCCAAGAGAUCCAAAUUGGAGGAGGAUAUGGAGGACGAUUCUUCUUGCACAACCACUGUUUCAUCUCAGCUCAAAUUGUCUGAUAUUUUAUCAUAUGCCCACCGGAUAAGCUACACAACCUUUGCUCCACCUGAAUUCGGUGCUGGGCAAGCUCCUCUUCGUGGGGCUCUCCCACCUGCCCCACAAGAAGAGCAAAUGCGUGCGUCACAGCUGUACAAUUUUGCUGAUCUCGAUGUUGGUUUACCUAAAGCAGUUGAAACCAAGGAGAAAACAAUUGAAGCUAUUAUUGAGCCUCCCUCUGCACAGCCAGAUGUCAAAUCGCUUGCCAAUAUGACUGCAAUUCAGGGUCUGCUUCCUCCAAAUAUCACUGUUCCAUCAGGUUGGAAACCCGGGAUGCCUGUGGAAUUGCCCAUUAAUUUGCCAUUGCCCCCACCCGGGUGGAAGCCCGGAGACCCUGUGCCAUUGCCUCCAUUUGAGUCUCUUCCUGUUCCUAGGGCUGAUGAGCAACAAUUGCGUCCCCUUGCUCCUCAAAAUAAGCCACCCGAACCAAUACAGGUUCGGCAUGUUGAGCUGGAUAUUCUGGAUCAAGACGAUGACAGCAGUGAUUAUAGUAGUGAGGAUGCAAGCUCUGAGGAUGAUGAUUGACGGUCAAAAGGCUAAUGCUUGAGGUAUUCUAGGAGUGCUGUCAUAUCUCUUAUGCUGUGAAAAAUCUUAUAAGUUAAACCUUUAGGGAGGUGAAUUCUAGGGAACUAUAGCUUUUGAUGUGAGUGGAAUGAAAUUGAACGUAUAAAUAAUAUAUAUUUAGUGGACUAAAAAAAAUAAUGAAAAUCGAUGCUAUACAAUUGUUUGAUGCUGAAACAAUUGUUCUUCUCCCGUACUUUACAUUUGGACAAAUGCUUCAAAAUCUUUAACAUAAUUUUCUAUGAGGAGCAACUUGAAGGACAAAGUUGUUGGUAUGGCUGUAAUAUAUACUUGACAAUAGUUGAAGUUUACUGUUUUAACUUCUAAGACUGUUGAAUGCAAGUAAUUGAUAUAUUUACUCAUUUGUUUUCAGAGAUGAGAUGAAUUGAGAUUAAAGUUGAAAGUUGAAUAAAAUAUUAUUAGAAUAUAUUAUUUUCAUAUUAUUUUUGUAUUGAGAUUUGAAAAAGUUGAAUUGCUUAUUUUAUUUUGUAUGAGAAUUUGAAAAAAUUGUAAUGAUUAGAUGAGAUGAGAUGAAAAGUUUUGUAAAAGUGAACGAGUAAUCUAAAUGAAUCUUUGUAACACCCCCAAGGAAGGCUCAAGCCACAUAUGAGCCUAUACUCCAAAAGGGCUAGUGAAUGAUACAAUUGUUGUCCCAUUAAAAUCAUUAUAUA